AUGCAGCUGUCGAACUCGUUCGUCCCCGUCUCCUCGAUAUCCACAUCACCGUCGGAAUCUUCUGAAUCUUCCCAACUCUCCGAUCCUGCCGAUUCUUCCGUCUCCGAGUCCUGCGUCAUGCUGGUAUCUGCGCUCGACGACGUCUCGGAGAAGUCCUCGGAACCAGAAUCAGAUGAUGAUGAUGAUGAUGAUGAUUCAGAUGACAGCUCUCCAAAUCUACACCUCAACGAAUCAGACGCCGAAGAAGAGGUGCUGAGCGCCAAGGGCCUGCCGCCCAUCAAAACUGGGUCCCUCGUUGGCAGACAGCCAAAGAAUCCAACCCCGCCCAGCAAGUCCUCAUCCACUUUGUCGCAGAAUGGGGCGGCAAGUUCGCCCAAAGCCCAACUUCAACAAGCCAGGAACGACGAAGUGCUGGCGGAGCUGAGGAAGAAGCUACGGACGGCCGAAAUCCGCUACGAGGAGACGGUGGAACGACUGACGGCCAUCCAGCACGAGUACGACAUCCUCAACAAGGAGCACAGCCGCCUGCUUGGACGAUGGAAGAACCGGGAAGUCGCCCAGCAUACAGGUGCCGCCGUCGCCGUCCUCAGCGACAAGCUGCAGGCCAAGGACCGCGAGAUCUCGCAGCUGAAAUCGCGGAUCAACCAGUUGGAGCGCGAGAUGUCCGAC